AUGCUCGGGCCCAGACAAGACGACCGUCUCCGCCUCGGAUUCAUCCUGCUCGGCAUGAGCAUCUCGUCCAUGGUUCCCAUUGCGAACGUGGGAGGCUUUGCUGUCCUUGUCGGUGAUGCCUGCCUCAUGCUGGAGGGGGCCCGGGUGAAGCCUGAUGACCGUGGGCGCCAGUUGCUCAGCAGACCGGUGCGCGUCGAGUGCUUGUCGGACGGCGAUCUGGGCGUGCACUUCAGCCAGCUUGCCGCGUGGGAGCACGUGGAGGAGUGGUGGGAUGGACGGUGCGUCGUGUGGGUGUCGUCGGGGGCGGGGAGGGAGGUGGUGGUGAGGAAAGAGCGCGUCACGAAACACCGCAGAGCCUUUAGCUUAUCACUCCCCCAGCCCCAGCGCGAGACCGGCAUGGCCUCCCCGCUCCUGCACCCGCUGGUCGCCCGCCUCGAGCCCGUCCUUCUUCUGCGGUCCCUUUUCCUCACCGCAGCCUCGAUUGUUCUCGCCGUCGACGCCGUCCCAGCCUUUCGCUCUCGCUUCCUCGCCUACGGUUCGCGCGCAGCAAACACCUCCGCAGCCCCAGCCUCACCAACGCGCAAUGCGCUUUCCGCCUUGCUCGACCACCUGGCCACGUACCGCGUCCCGCACGCCUGGUUCGCCCACUUCUACGUCCUGUCCGUGCUCGGCUCCAUCUUCUGGGCGGAGCAGCAUGCCACUGAUGGCGCCCUCCUGAAACUCAUCGCCAGCAAGGCCGCCGGCCAUCGUACAGCCACCAUGUCUGUGGCACAAGUCCAACUAGCCUGGCUGCUUAUGCUCGUACAAGGCUCGCGACGUCUGUACGAGUCCGCCGCGCUGUCGCGCCCUUCUUCUUCCAAGAUGUGGAUCACGCACUGGCUGCUGGGUCUUCUGUUCUAUGGCGCCAUGUCGAUUGCCAUCUGGGUCGAAGGGGCUCCGGCUUUGCAAGCGUCGGUUGACGGCAGCGAAAUCAGGCCACCGUUGCUGGGCCUGCGGCUGGUCGGCGGCACUUUGCUUUUUCUUUGGGCCUCCAAGCAGCAGCACAAUGCCCACGCCUACCUCUUUGGCCUGCGAAAGUACACUUUGCCCACCCAAGGGGCUUUCCGCUACAUCGUGUGCCCACACUACACGUUCGAGUGCCUCAUCUACCUGGCCUUGUCAAUUGUAGCUGCGCCGGUGGGACAGUUGGUCAACAAGACAGUGCUGUGUGCGGUGGUCUUUGUAGGUGUGAAUUUGGGUGUGACGGCUGCUGGAACGAAGGAAUGGUAUGCGACGAAAUUUGGUAGCGAGACAGUGGAGAGACGGGCGAGGAUGGUGCCGUUUAUCUGGUGA